AAGCGUACAAGACGUGUGAUUAACUAUUUGUUGAAUUAAAAAAUCUCAAAAUUUGAUACUUCAAUCAAAUAUGUAUGUUCAUUAUAAUUAUUGAAUUUUCGUGAAGAGUUUAAGGUUAUAUUGACUUGAUUGAAGGAAAUUUUUUCAAAAAAGUUUUUAUUUGAAUUUUGACAGAUAAUAAAUUUUCCGUGUUACAUACAAAUAAUUUGACAUAUUACUUUAUAAAAUAAUUUUAAAUGUGUUUUAAUAGAAAAACAAGUGAUGAGUGAGUCCUGCCGAGAAAACCUGCCAUUGCUGUGUGAUGAUUAUUCUGAUGAAGAAUUCCGUAUUCAUAAAUCUAGUCCGAAAUUCCAACGCUUGUUUCGGUAUUCAACAUCUGGACGUGCGAGAACUCAAGCAAUAGGCGCUGCUUCUAUUAUCACCCGGUGGCCAGAUCAUUUUUCAUCUUUAUUGACAUACUGGUGGAUAGGACUUGGCAUGAUUGCGUUUAUGAUUUUUGUCAUGUAUAACAGCAUCGUUGCAAUAUCUAUGCUACCUCACACACACCAUAGACCAUUGAAUUUAAAAAUUUCAGAAUAUAGGUCCGAUCAUGCAAAACACGAAACAGAUAUUUUUAUGCAUAUAUUCGUUACUAAUUAUGAAGAAAUGAACAUAAACAGCUAUUUACCAUACAUUGAUACAUUUACUCAAAAAUAUCCAAACUUCAAGCAUAACUUAGUUGUUGUGAUCAGAGAUGAGUCAAAUGAUAGUUUAAAUGAUAUAAGUGACGAACUGAAUAAUGAAAUGGCUUUAAAUUCAUUGUGGACGCACGAGAAAAAAAUAGAUAAAAUUAAAUUAGGUAGAAAUACUAAUAUUAAAAUUGUUUCUUUAACGAAAUAUAUGGAUGAUUCUCCGUUGAAGAAAUACUGGCGACGUUUGCCGCAACAAUUCUUCGGCUUCUUAACACGAUGUAUUGCAAUAUGGGAAAAGGGAGGCAUAGCGUUUGACCCAUUGAUACUUACUCCAAAUUCACCUAAUUCAGGUUAUAUUGAAAAUUUGGAUCAUAUUAUUGAUAAAUUCAGAUCUAAAAAUAUAAAACAGUCAACAAAAACAAAUAGUUUGAGAAUAUCUAAAAAAAUGAAAAAGAAACCAAAAGUCAAUAACAUUAGAGAUAUUAUAGAAAAUUUAAACAAUGAAGAUGAUAACCACUAUGUGCCAGAAAAUCUAUCUGAAGCGGAAAGCAAAAACAUUUUGUCUAAAAUAAGUAAUUUGAACAUUAGUAAAAUAAAGAGAAGUACAACGGACGUACUUCAGGAAAUUGAGAAAUAUAAUAAAUUAGAUAUGAAUAAUAUUCACAAAAAUAAAUCAAAAGACUUGUAUAAAACUGAAUAUACAAUGAACGGCAGUAAGAUCUCGGUUGGUUUGAGCAAUAAUCAAGGAUCUAAUCAUUUAUCUUCAACCCAUAAAAUAAGAAAUAAAAAUCGACUGAAUAACGACUCGAGUACUAAACGUAAUCUUCUUCCAAUGUUUUUAGAAUACCUCUUUAAUUCCCAGAAUGUGACUGAACCUACACAUGAACAAACUAAUACAAUAACCAAUUUUACUCUUUCCAAUCAUAUCAAUAACUUUAUAAAAAAAAAUGUUACGAAUAAUCAAGGAAACAGUUCUAUAAUAAAAACUUCAUUUAAAAAAAAGGGCUCUAACAUGAAAAUUGGCACUGAAAUCGUUCCCAGUGAAAAGGAUGAUAAUGUUUCGUUGAGCAUUGAUUUGAAGGGUAAUUUACUUGCCACUGAAACGUCUUGUCAUGCCUUUAUCGGUACUAUUUUUAGCAAUGCUUUACACCAUUCCGAUGACGAAUCCAUAACAGAUUUUAUAAUUACCGAACUGUCAAUAUUUUGUAAAGGUGUUUUAUCGUCAUGUAAAGGUAUCGACAUUAUUUUAUUGUAAGUUAGAUAAAGUAUAAUGUACAAUUCUAAUAUUCAUAGUAUUGUUUGUAUUUUAUAGUUUUGUAUGAAAUAAAAGUGUCUUAAAUAA